AGAAGCGGCUCCCGGGGACUGGGGGCAUUUUGUGUUGGCUGAAGCCGGAGUAACAAGAUGGCGGCGUCGGCGGAGUGACAGGGGUCCCUUCGGCCCGGAGCCGGCGGCACUGGUCGCAGCGGUAUCGCCAGCCUAACUUCAUCGCGCCCCUUCUCCAGCCCGCGACGUCAACGCGAAAGCGAGGCAGCGGCAGCCGCCCAGAAACAAGUGGCCCAGCCUCGUAACCGCGAGAACUGCCUCACAAUCGGCGGCCUGGCAAAAAGAAACCUGACUGAGCGGCGGUGAUCGGGUCCCCGUUGGCCGAUUCUGGGCCCUGUAACGCCGGGAAAGGCCUCCGUUUCCGCUUCCUGCCGCCCUCCUCCGCAGCCUUGCCCCGUGGACGAGCCUCCGAGGCCUCCGUCGUCCCCUCUGAGGUGUCGGGGCUUUGCCCCAGCCUCCAUCUUCGUUUCUCAGGAUGGCGAGCAGCAGCGGCUCCAAGGCCGAAUUCAUUGUCGGAGGGAAAUACAAACUGGUACGGAAGAUCGGGUCUGGCUCCUUCGGGGACAUUUAUCUGGCGAUCAACAUCACCAACGGCGAGGAAGUGGCAGUGAAGCUAGAGUCGCAGAAGGCCAGGCAUCCCCAGUUGCUGUACGAGAGCAAACUCUAUAAGAUUCUUCAAGGUGGGGUUGGCAUCCCCCACAUACGGUGGUAUGGGCAGGAAAAAGACUACAAUGUACUAGUCAUGGAUCUUCUGGGACCCAGCCUCGAAGACCUCUUCAAUUUCUGUUCAAGAAGGUUCACAAUGAAAACUGUACUUAUGUUGGCUGACCAGAUGAUCAGUAGAAUUGAAUAUGUGCAUACAAAGAAUUUUAUACACAGAGACAUUAAGCCAGAUAACUUCCUAAUGGGUAUUGGUCGUCACUGUAAUAAGUGUUUAGAAUCUCCAGUGGGGAAGAGGAAAAGAAGCAUGACUGUUAGUACUUCUCAGGACCCAUCUUUCUCAGGAUUAAACCAGUUAUUCCUUAUUGAUUUUGGUUUGGCCAAAAAGUACAGAGACAACAGAACAAGGCAACACAUACCAUACAGAGAAGAUAAAAACCUCACUGGCACUGCCCGAUAUGCUAGCAUCAAUGCACAUCUUGGUAUUGAACAGAGCCGCCGAGAUGACAUGGAGUCAUUAGGAUAUGUUUUGAUGUAUUUUAAUAGAACCAGCCUGCCGUGGCAAGGACUAAAGGCUGCAACAAAGAAACAAAAAUACGAGAAGAUUAGUGAAAAGAAGAUGUCCACUCCUGUUGAAGUUUUAUGUAAGGGGUUUCCUGCGGAGUUUGCCAUGUACUUAAACUAUUGUCGUGGGCUGCGCUUUGAGGAAGCCCCGGAUUACAUGUAUCUGAGGCAGCUAUUCCGCAUCCUUUUCAGGACCCUGAACCACCAAUAUGACUACACAUUUGAUUGGACAAUGUUAAAGCAGAAAGCAGCACAGCAGGCAGCAUCUUCCAGUGGGCAGGGUCAGCAGGCCCAAACCCCCACAGGCAAGCAAACUGACAAAACCAAGAGUAACAUGAAAGGUUUCUAAGCAUGAAUUGUGGAACAGAUGAAGCAGAGCAGAUGAUCGGAGCAGCAUUUGUUUCUCCCCAAAUCUAGAAAUUUUAGUUCAUAUGUACACUAGCCAGUGGUUGUGGACAACCAUUUACUUGGUGUAAAGAACUUAAUUUCAUUAUAAACUGGCUCUGGGCAGCACUGGUGAUGCUGUAUCCUGAGUUGUAGCCGCUGUAAUUGUGAAUAUUAACUGAGGUAGUGAAACAUGGUGUCCGGUUUUCUAUUGCAUUUUUUCAAGUGGAAAAGUUAACUAAAUGGUUGACACACAAAAAUUGGUGGAGAAAUUGUGCAUAUGCCAAUUUUUUGUUAAGAUCCUUUACUUUGAACUAUACUGCUUUGAAAUCUCAUUUCAGAAGAAUGGCAUGAACAGUCUUCAGCCACAGUUGUGAUGAUUGUAAAUUCUCACAAUUGUGCAUUCUUAGGGUUUUUCCACCCCUGGGGUUUGCAAGUUGUUCACUUAAAACAUUCUUAAAAUGGUUGGCUUCUUGUUUGCAAGCCAGCUGAUAUGGUAGCAACCAAAGAUUCCAGUGUUUGAGCAUACGAAAGACUCUGCCUGCUUACCUGUGCUAGAAAUAACAGCAUCUAAAGUGAAGACUUAAGAAAAACUUAGUGACUACUAGAUAAUCCUUAGGACUCUGCAUUAACUCUAUAAUGUUCUUGGUAUUAAAAAAAAAAAAAGCAUAUUUGUCACAGAAAUUUAGUUAACAUCUUACAACUGAACAUGUAUGUAUGUUGCUUAGAUAAAUGUAAUCACUGUAAACAUCUAUACAAUCUGGGAUUUUGUUUUUAUUUUGAAAUGGGAGCUUUUUUUUGUUUACAAGUUCAUUAAAAACUAAAAACUGUUUCUGUAAGGAAAUGAGAUUUUUUUUAAACAACAAAAAUGCCUUGCUGACUCACUAUGAAAUAAAAAAUCUCCCCAAUUUUUUGAUAGACUACUUCAAGCCAUUUGUUACAUGAUAUUCCUUGAAAAGUUAAUUUAGAUUUAAUGUAUGACUUUUCCUCAGAUUUUUUUUUUUUUUUUUUAAUUUUUAAAAUGUUUGGGUUUUUUCCUCCCCCUGAAGGGAAAAGGCAUUCUUUCCUUUUUUUUUCUUUUUUAAUGAUUUGCAGGCACAAUACCUGGUACUGCAACUGCCAGAACUUGGUACUGUAACUCCUGCUGCAGCUGACUAACAGCUGGACUGAUUUUGAAUAAGAAUGAAAGCAUUAAAGGGUUUGACUACAAGAUGUUUUUUCUUUAAAAUACUUGUGAAAUGGCUCUAAGCAGUUUUCUCUUACCCUUGGAGAGCUUCACAUUGUGUGAGGUCCAAGUGAGUGCAGACCCUCCUCGCCAGCCCGAGCCCCCCACCCGCUUCUCUCUGUUAUCAUCUGUGUGCGCUUCCCUCAGUCUUACUUGCGCGCUCUUUUCUCUGAAUCAAGAGAAAGGAAAAUGUAUUGAUGAUAAUUCUUUGAAUAGUGUAAUUUAUUCAUUUAUAGCACAUCAGGAUAAAUUAAAAGAACAUUUGUCUGAAAAUGCUGCCGGGAGCCUAUUGUGUAAAUGUAGGUAUUUUGUGAAAUCUGGAAACUGUAAAUUGACAUGUGUUUGGUCAGAUUGUGUCAGGCUUAAAUUUUUUUUUUUUUAAUUUUUUUUAAUUCAAAACUGUUUUAGCAAUAAUUAAUUCCAUGGUUACCACAUUCUGCCGUUAAGGGAAAUGUUAGUACGGACCUUAAUGCUGAAGAAAUCUUAAGUCUGAAUUUUGGGGGUAGGCAGCUUCUUUGUUUCUUUUCUAACCACCCUUGUCAGUUAAGGUGUUUGUUUCUUGACUAAUAAACCCUUUGAUACUUUUAGCCAGAAAUCAGUCUCAUAAAGCUAUUUUUGAGUAUAGUUUGUGUAAAAUAAAUUUGUUUAGCUUUGGUAACUUUUCCAAGCUGAACUCCCUCUAGCAAGAUAUUUUUCAGUGCUUUCAUUUACUAUGCACUUAGACUAUGCACUUUUUCUGAGAUAUUUUUGUAACACUUUUUUGUAUUUUUGCCAUUUGAAAAGGUUGUGGUGUAGUUGGUCUGUAAUUAAGUUGCAGAUUUAAAACUGCUGUUAGCUUUGUAAAUCAAAAUAUAGGUAUCUCUUUGUCCUGGUAUAUUGUCAUUCCAUCUGCAGCUGGAGCUGGAAUCCCAUUGAUCUUCUAGCUACCAUUCAUUUUCUUCACAGUUCACAAAAGAAGAAUGUGAAAUUCAGUGAAUGCUGUUACUAAUCCUGUCGGGAAAUGAAUCUCAUUUCACCAAAAUUAAGUUAUGUUUUUCCACUAAAAUGAUGAUACAAGUUGAAGACACAUCAUUCUGAAAUUGGAAGACCUCACCACUUAAGGCUCCACAGUGGCUUACUCAGCUGAACUCUAGGUUACUACUCUUUACUUUGUUCACCCAAUGGGGGGUGCAGUUUUUUUAAAUGUUGGGAGAUGGCCAUUCUAACUACUGUUGAAUGUCUCUGUUUUGGGAAGGUAUAACAAGAAAAUAAAAAAGAAUAUAUAUGAAGGGAGAGACUGGUUAUCUCCUCCCAUAUGGUUGUGCUUAUGCUCGUAUAGCCUAUAAAUGGAUAUUUGGA